CCAAAAGGAAAGAUAUAAAAACUCCUACUAGAAUCAGAAAAAAAAAUAAUGAACAUAGCUGCAAAAGGCGUCCAAGUUCAAAACUAACCUUUCGCAUUUAUAAAGUGUCCACUCUUUCCUCCCCUCAACACCAUUUUUCUCUCUCCUCAAAUUCACCAAUAUCUCAUUAUUGCCAACCUUCCAUUUACAACCUCCAAAAACUCCAUUACCAAUUCUUACAACUGUUACAAGCCAGUCUGAAGAAGAAGAAAAAAAAUCAAGAGAAAUAAUAAAAGGAGUUAAAUUUCUACUUUAGUAAGGAGUAAUAAUAAAUAUAAAUGGAGAAAACUAUCAGUAGUAACAGUUCAAAAAAAAUGGUGAACAUCAGUUUUGGUGAGAAAGAGUCGGUUCAUGCUAUAUAUAAAGUGCCUUCAGGUGAUGGUCCUUAUGUUCGUGCUAAACAUGCCCAGCUGAUACAAAAGGAUCCAGAAGCAGCAAUAGUGCUAUUUUGGAAGGCCAUAAAUGCAGGGGAUAGAGUAGAUAGUGCACUCAAAGAUAUGGCAGUAGUGAUGAAGCAACUUGAUAGGAGUGAAGAGGCCAUUGAAGCUAUCAAGUCUUUUAGAGGUCUUUGCUCUAGAAAUGCUCAAGAAUCCCUUGACAACGUUCUCAUUGAUUUGUAUAAGAAAUGUGGAAAGGUAGAUGAGCAAAUUGAGCUUCUAAGACAGAAGUUAAGGAUGAUUUAUCAAGGUGAAGCCUUCAACGGUAAACCAACAAAAACUGCAAGAUCUCACGGCAAGAAGUUUCAAGUUUCUAUUAAACAAGAAACUUCUAGAAUUUUGGGGAACUUGGGCUGGGCCUACAUGCAGAAGACAAACUACAUGGCAGCAGAAGUGGUUUAUAGAAAGGCCCAAAUGAUUGACCCAGAUGCAAAUAAGGCCUGCAACUUGGGCAUGUGUCUUAUAAAGCAAGCCCGAUAUGAAGAGGCCCGUUCAGUGCUUGAGCAGGUACUGCGGGCUGAGGUUCCGGGCUCAGAGGAUAUUCGGUCACGAAAUCGGGCCGAGGAAUUGUUAUUGGACUUGGAGUCGCGGCAACCUCCUCCUUUGUUGUCCAACAUCGUGAGCCUACAUUUGGAGGAUGAGGUUAUUCAUGGGCUUGAGGAUCUUGAGUCCAAAUGGGGUCCAUUAAAGCCCAAAAGACUUCCAAUUUUUGAGGAAAUUUCCAACUUUAAAGAUCAAUUAGCUUGCUAAUUACUUUUUUUUUUUUGUAUUAGGGGGUGAUUUGAGGGGUAUAUUAGAUAGAUAUGGGUGGGGUUGAGUAACUUUCUACUUGAAGAUGUUUGUAUAGAAAUGCAGGGAGUUGUGACUAGUGAAUAGUAGAAUUAUUAGAAAUGUACCAAAAAUACUAAAGGUCGCUUGUAUAUUAAUACCAUUGAUGAUGUUUGAGGAGCUUCAAAAGAAAGAUUGUGCUUAUUUCAAAGUCCUUUCAGUUUUUCUA